GAUCUUUGAUGUAACAGAGUCGAAACACUGCCCCAAACCACAGAACAAGCACGGAACGUUUGUUGGAUUAUUUCUCCCUUUCUAGCUUCUACGGAUAAAAACAAAAAAGUUUUUUUUUCCCCUCCAGCUGCUUCGUGUGUAGUCCACGAAACGAGGUGCAAGCAUUUCAAUCCAUCCACCUUACUAUUAUUAUUUAUUAUUAUUAUUGUUCUUUCAGCUGUUGAUCACCUCGUAGCGCCGUCGGCUCGCAACCAUCAUGUUCAAGAACGAGUACGAUAACGACAUCACCACGUGGAGCCCCACGGGUCGCCUCUUCCAGAUCGAGUAUGCCAACGAGGCGGUGAAUAACGGAUCAGCCACGGUCGGCGUGAAAGGCAAAGACUUCGUGGUGCUCGCUGCCCUGAAGCGCAGUCCUGUGGCGGAGUUAUCUUCUUACCAAGAGAAGGUUUUUGAGAUUGACGAGCAUGUAGGCAUGUCCAUCUCUGGCCUCGUCGCGGACGGGCGUGUCCUGGCACGCUUCCUCCGCACCGAGUGCAUGAACUACCGCUACAUGUACGACACCGGCCUCCCGCUGAACCAGAUGGCGGAUAUGAUCGGCGAGAAGCAUCAGCGCCAUAUUCAGUACGGCGGAAAGCGUCCCUUUGGCGUGGGCAUCCUGCUGGCCGGACACGACCGUCAGGGCCCGCACCUCUACCAGACGGUGCCCUCGGGCGACGUGUACGACUACAAGGCAACCGCGAUGGGUGUCCGCUCGCAGUCGUCGCGCACGUACCUGGAGCGCCACUUCGAACACUUCCCGGACAGCUCGUUAGAUGAGCUGGUGAAUCACGCACUGAAGGCCCUCGCGUCGGCCACGCCGGAGGGGGUGGAACUGAACAUCAAGAACACCACCAUCGCGAUUGUGGGCAAGGACACCCCAUUCACCAUCUUCGAGGAGGAGAAUGCGCGGAAGUACCUGGACGGCUUCAAACUGCCCCCCGAAGACCGCGUGGCGACAGCGGCAGAGGAGGACGAGGAGGUGCUGCACGAGCAGCCACUUGACGUGGAGGAAUAA